UAGUGAGCCAUAUCCUCGCCGCAGAUGACGCCAUUCGGGAUCGACGAGGGCGUUAGCCAGGGAAUGACGAUGCGUCUCCGUCGGAAGUGGAACUAACUCUCGCCAGCAAUUUACUGUCACUCAUCGGCGGUAUAUACAAUAGUCGGCAUGACAGGCAAGACCAACAUUCUGCUCUUCGGGGCCACAGGCUAUAUUGGAGGCUCCGUCUUGAACCGCCUCCUGCAGCAUCCGAACGCAGACAAUUUAGACAUCACCACGCCCGUGCGGUCUCCCGAGAAAGCAAAGCUCCUCGAGCAGUUGGGCGUGAAAGCCGAGAUAGCCUCUCUCAGCGACCAUGACAAGAUCGAGUCGCUGGCCUCGCGCGCGCACGUCAUCUUCAACGUGGCAAACUCGGAUGACUUGCCCGCCAUAGUCGCGCUUUUGAAGGGCGUUCGCAAGGCGUACGAAACUACUGGGCAACCUCCUAUCGUCAUCCAUACGUCAGGCACAGGUGAAAUCGCGGAGUCAGCGGAAGGGAAAUACGCGACGGAGACUGUCUACUCAGACCUGAACAUUGACCAGCUGAAGUCGAUCCCGCCGACAGCCUUUCAUCGCAAUGUUGACCUGGCCGUCAUCGGUGCAGACGAGCAAGGCUACGCACGGUCGUAUAUCAUUAUCCCAGGCAUCGUGGAUGGUAUCGCGUCCGGCCCCGUCUUUGAGGCGGGAAUAGCGAAGAAGGUCUCUAUCCAGAUACCCGGACUUAUCAAGGCGUCGCUGGACAGGAAACGGUCGGGCGUGGUCGGCCCCGGUAAAGCUAUCUGGCCGCACAUCCACAUCGACGACACGGCCGACAUGUACAUUGUGCUCUUCGACGCGAUCACGUCAAACCCCCAGAGCGCGGGCCACGGCUGGGAGGGCUACUACUUCGGGGAGAACGGCCACAUCUUUUGGUACGAGAUCGGGAAGGCCAUCGGCCAGGCGCUCGUAGAUCUCGGGCUCGCGGAUAACACUGAGCCUACGCCCUUCACCGAAGAAGAGUUGGCCAAGUACUGGGGUUCGGUGCCUGCCGGCAGCUAUAACGGGACGACCUGCCGCUGCCGCGCUGACCGCAUACGUGCGCUUGGGUGGAAGCCCAAGCACAGCAGCGCGGACUUGCUUGCGGGUUUUAAGUCCGAGAUCGAGUUACAGCAGAAGAUUGCGCAGGAGAAGGGCGGAUUCGACUUCUCGUACGAGCGGACUUACUCGGUGCUGCUGCAGAAGGCGGUUGAGUCGAGUUGAGGCUGUCGUAUCGCGCAUGUUAAGUGUAUAACGGUCUAAAUAUAACUCGCAUGGGUG